CACCUCUAUCUUUUCGUUAUUUAUUCGACACCAAUUAGAAUGGCGAACGGAGGAUUUAAUAACAUUAUUUAAAAACAAGUUUUUUUUACUAAGAGUACAGGGCUAUUAUAUGUAAAUAUAAAGAGAAUUCGACAAUUGAUUGACUUCGAUUCGUUUGUUAUUAAAUCGAUCUGUGCACUAGCAAUUGCCUGCAUAGUCGGUCUAAAGCAGUAAGGCUAAAAUUUAAGUCACAAAAACAACACAAAUUUUCCAAAAUCACAAAUUUCGUAUCCCAUUUUCACACAACAAGAAUAAAUUUAUUAACCGUCGCCUCCUUCCAGCGCCUCCUCAUACAUAUGAAUGAUCACGAUGGAUGUACUGAUACUCAUCAACAGUACCCACCAGGCAGAAACAAGAAGUCAACCCACCGAAGGAGACCAGAAUUGCAAGAAGUUAGCUGUUAUUCGUGAGCGGAAAUCACGAUUCGUGCUACACCACCCCAUUCAUUGGGACGGAAACUCAGCGCUGGCUGCAAGUAGGAAAGCCAAAAGUCACAGCCAGCCAGCCAGUCAGCGCAACGGUACCACACAUUCGCGUCACACUAAACCGAAUCAGAAUCGAAAGAAGUACUCCGCCGGGUCGUGCCGUGGCAGGAAUCAACUUGUGACGCCACCCGAUAGCCGCCUUCAGAACCGGCAGGCGCGGCGGAGGAAACAUGUACGAGCGAGCAUUUAGCAAAUCAAGCGAAACAAGCGCUCGCUGCUGCUGUUGGUUUCCCUUUACCAGUGGGUGUCGUGGUGGGAUUUUCCGAGUCAAGGCAGAACUGUACCACCAUGCUGUGCCAUCAAUUGUGUGAUCUCUAAAAGGGGUGUUCCAUGCGGCGCAAAGAACUGGAAAGUCGAAGCAGUGGUGGCGUUACCGAAGAGGAGGCGUUCGAAGA